AUGGUGGCCGGCGCGAACUUCACUAAGUGGGCUCUCGUGGCGGUGGUUCUGGUGGUCCUCGGGGCCGUCGCUCCCUCGUCCGGCUCCGGUAUCAAACUCCCCUUCCGUUUCCCCCAGGACCCGAUCUUCACCUUCAUGCCGGCCGGACCCGAGGGUGAGUACCGCUUCAGGCUGUCGGCCAACGCCACGGUGUGCGUCGGUAACAUGGUCUACGGCGCCAAGCAGAUCUAUUCCUACUCGUACUGGGUCAAGACGACCUACACUGGAUGUGAGCCCUCCUGCGAGGCCCGCGUCAUCAACAUGUUCAACGGCGACAUUCCCGACAACGUGUCGAUCAGCUUGCCCACCGAGGACUGCGACUGGACUGAGGUCGUCGCCAACCUCUCCGCCCGCAACGACUUCAAGCACGGUCGCGAGAACAAGUAUGCGCUCGCCUUCUGCUGCGAGGCCGACGACGAUGAGCCCGAGUUCUUCUUCCGCAAGACCAACCACGUCAGCAGAGGGGCCAGCCAACCCAAGUUCGACACCCUCGUCGAGUGCGAAGAUUAUGAUUGCGAGGUCGAGCGCGAAGAGGAGCCGCUCCACAUGACCGUCGAUUACCAGUCCGGUCGUAGGAGGGGCGAGCCUAAGCACUUGAGGAACCGCGUCCAGCUGGUUCCCACCCUCAUCCCCGUCCCCAACAAGAGGUCCAAGAAGAACUAA